CUCCUAAGUUUUCAACUUGUUACGAAGUUGCCUCUGUAUAUCCUUUUCUCUUCGUCUAAAUGUUUUCGUGUUCGAGGCAGGGAUUCUAGGGGUCUGAGAAGAAAAAGGAAAUCGAGGUGAAGGCGUUAAAAUACGAAAAGGUGCCUAGAUACGUACGUUGCACCAUCGAUAAAUUCUACUCUGCUCCAAGAGUGUGACAAGACAAACGCUCACAGGAUGUCGAGGAUCUUCCUAGCUAUUUUGACCUCCUCGUCCAUUCAAUUCCACGUCGCUAGCCUGUUUCUAACGCCACCAAAGUCUGACAACUUGUCUACUGUCUACUCGCUCGUGGAAAAAUGGUCCAGAAGCAGCAACGUCAAAUUGCUGACCAUAGUCUUGGAUAAUUAUCAACAGGAAAGCUACACCUUCAACGUUCCUGACAUCUUGGACACCAUGAAUGUUUCUACCAAGCUGGUUACCUUGAAACAUCUAAUAUACUUGAAGUACAAGAACAUGGAUAGAGACUAUGAAUUAUUCGACCCAGGAAGUUGCAUCCUAAUACUAUUUUACAACAUUGAUCAUCUAAGAGAGAUUUUUAAUUCACCCCAUCUGAUCUCAUUCUGGCAAGCAGACAAUUUUUAUAUUUUAUAUGACAAUAGUCAUCGAUUCGUUGACUGGUUUGAAUUGGAGAGAUUCUUUCAAUGGGGAUUCGAGAAGCUCUGGAGAUUCAGGAGGAUCUAUAAAGUGAUUCUAUUUAUCAAUGAAAAGACUAUCAGGUAUGAUUUUAUCGACUUUGUUGGAUAUCAAUCUAAACGCUUCUUAAACAGCAGCUGCGAUUGGUACAGCGUGAAGAAUAAUCACGACAGUUUUUUGAUUAUCAAUGAACCUAAUGAUACUGAUGUGUCAGAUUUCUUUGAACGGAGAGAGAAUUUCAAAUCGUAUCCCAUGAAGAUCUCUAUCUUCAGAACGAGCUUGAUGCCCCUGCAUCGGGGUAGAUAUUCGGGCGUUAACUUCAAGUAUCUUGAGGAAAUUACCAAGAAGUUGAACGUCACCACUGUUCUGAUGAAGUCUGUUGAGAAAUAUGGGUGGAAGGAGAAUGGAGUUUUUGUUGGGACGAUCGGUCAUCUGGCGUAUCAAUUAGCGGAUGUUACUUUUAAUGAGUUUUUUAUAAAAGAUUAUUUGACUAGACAAGUGGAAUUCACUACUGUGACUACUAGUGACAUGCUUUGUGCUUUGGUGCCUAACGCAGCACCCAUACCUGAUCAUCUGAUAAUCGUUAAGAUCUUCAGUGAAGAGGCUUGGUUUCUCAUAUUUGCUGGAUAUUUUGUAAUCUUUGUAAUUACUAUGGCUCUAAAGGACGAAGAGAAUCGUGAAACUUUGGAUAAUAUUUAUAAAUAUGAACAGCAAUGUUUCUAUGAAUUAUUUGCAAAAGUAACAGGAAUCUUUUGCUACUUCGUGAGACAAAAUAAUACCCGAAAAAAUGAAGAAAUGAGGAAGGAAGAACAACGAAUUUACCCACUCGAAGAGCAACGGAACGAUCAAUGGGAAACGAAAAGGAAUUAUUCGAAACGAGCCUCCCGAAACUUUUGGUCUCAUCUAUCAUCAGUGAUCAAAUAUUUAGUUGAAAUGUAUCUACAAUCGAUACAACCAUUCAAAUCUAAACGACCCUGGUUCCCAGAGAGAUUGGUAUUGAUGUGUUCUAUGUUAAUGAGUAUCAUUCUAAACGGAGUGUUCACCUCUCAGCUUGCAUUUACUAUGGGUAAACAAAUGUAUUAUAAGGAUAUUGAUACUUUGGAGGAAUUAGAAAACAGUGGACUUCCAAUUCUCUGUAAUGCAAAAGACGUUUUGGACGACGUGUUAACGGAUGAUUCUUCGGCAUUAUUGAAACGACUUCAACAACGAUUACAAUAUGCAAAUGACUCGGAAGCGCAUAGAAAAUUGUUCGUGACAAAGGAUGCUGCUGUUCUUCAUCGGCUCAGUACCGUGUCUUUGAAGUACGCCGAAUACGAAGAAAGCAAAAACGUGCACGUAGUCAACGAAUGUCCGAAACAUUAUAUACUCGGAUUUAUGAUGACCAAAGGAUCACCGUUUCGCCAUCGCAUAAACAGCAUCCUGGGCAGAUUGAACAACGCCGGUUUCUAUGGGAAAUGGUAUCGAGACAUGUUUCAAUCGGAGAGACAAUUGUUUCAAGAGAAAGAUACGACGGAACAUCGGAAGAUCACGAUCAGACAUCUGCUUAUACCUUUUGUGAUUCUCCAUUUCGGUCUGGCCACAAGCACGAUCGUAUUUAUUUGUGAAUUGCGGCAGAACAAUCUCCAAUAACUUGUUCGUCCUCUUCUAAGAGAAAAGAGUAGAAAAUUGAAAAUGCUGGAGGGAAAGACAAAAUCGGGAAAGGGAUAUGGAAAUUAGUCUGUUUUUCUAGGAAUAUUUCAUUCAACGAAUAAGAAAUGAAACGGUUGGAUGUUCUCCAUGCAAAGUACACAUAGUUUCCUUUUCCUUUUUUAAUUAAACUUUUUAAGUUGCCUCGUACUCAGACAAUGUUUCUGCUUUUUAAUUGAAGUUUAUUGGUGCAAUUAGUGAGAGAAAAUAUUCGGUAAAUACAUUGUCAAAUUGAUUUUUUGAUAAAUCAACGAUGAAGAACAUGGUCAAUAUCCCAAUACCAAGAAGACAAUUCUAACGACACGGUAAACUUAAUCCUCGACGAUGGAAUCGAUCCGACCGGUAAACAGCUGUCUACUCGAAUAAAUGAAACCACAUAGCAAUAAAAAUGCU